AUGAAGUUGCCACACUCUAGUAAACUUAAUCGUGCCACGGGGCAUCGCAUGGCCAUGUUGAGGAACAUGGUAUCUUCUUUAGUUGAGCAUGAUAGAAUUAAAACUACUUUAGCCAAAGCCAAAGAAGCACGAAAAUUAGCUGACAAGAUGGUAACACUGUCAAAGAAGGGUGAUGUUCAAGCGAAACUUCAAGCACGAAGUUUUCUUCGGGCAUUUUAUAAUAAAAUGGGUCACAAGUUAUCACCAUUUUCGAAAAAACUUGGUCACGUGAAUGUUGAAAAUGGCGAUAAUAAUAAUGAGACAAUUCCUAAACUCUUUGGAGAGAUGGCAGAUCGUUAUCGUGAAAGAAACGGAGGUUACACUCGAAUUCACCGAAUAGGCAACCGUGUCUCUGAUAAUGCACCCAUGGCAGUUUUAGAAUACGUUGACGCUCCAGGAGAUUUAAAAUAUGAAAUGUUAAUAAAACAACUUGCAAGAAGAGAACUUGACCCAUCUCUAAAAGUUCCUACCACAUUUAAUGGAGAAGGAAUAUCACCACUGAGAAAGAAACGUGAAUUUAAAAAAUGGAUGGGUAGACUUAAGGCUCAAAGGAAAUUUGAGAAACAAGUGGAAAAAAUGGUGAAAUGUAAAGAAAUGACACCUAGAGAUUUGGAUAGUGCAAUUUUACAAGAAAUUCGUAACCUUAAAAUUGCUGAUGAACGUAAAGAAGAUAUGAGGAUUAAAUAUAAGUUGAGAAUGAAAGGUGGCCAUUUGUCUUACGAAAAUAUGCGUUAA